AUGUCGCUCCUCCGCCUCGCUGCCACCCGCGCCGCCGCCCCCCGCCUCCUCACUCGCGCCGCGUCCACCUCGUCGGUCCAUGUCGUGAACCAGAGCUCCAACUCGUCGGCCCCUCUCCUCGGCAACAUUGAGGCGUCGUGGUCGUCGCUCCCGGCCGCGGAGCAGGCCGAGGUCUACCAGGCCCUCGAGGAGAUCCAGAAGAAGGACUGGAAGGAGCUCACCGUUGACGAGAAGAAGGCUGCCUACUUCGUCUCGUUUGGCCCCCACGGACCCCGCGCCCCCAUCCUUCCCCCCGGAGGUCAGAUGAAGGUCUUUGCCGGCACCCUCGCUGGCGUUGCGCUCGCCGUCGGCAUCUUCGCCGCCGUCCGCUCGCAGGCCCCCCCUCCCGUCAACACCUGGAACAAGGAGUACCAGGAGCAGUCGAACGCAUACCUCAAGGAGCAGAAGUCGAACCCCAUCUCUGGUAUCUCGUCCGAGGGCUACAAGGGCAAGGGUAUGGUUAUGGUUUAA